UCAGAUAGAUCAAUUGAUGCUGCCUGACAGCAAUGCAGCUUUCCUACACACUUCCCCCCUCCCUAAUCUUUCUGUACAGGAGCAGGAGUCAUAGGAUUAUGGAAUCACAGAAUCAACCAGGUUGGAAAAGAUCUUUAAGCUCACCGAGCCCAACCAUUCCCCUGCACUGCCAAGGCCACCACUAACCCAUGUCAAUGAGGGCCUUGUCUACACGGUUUGUGAACACUUCCAGGGGCGGUGACUCCACCACUGCCCUGGGCAGCCCUUUCAAAGAGGUGCAGAGCCCCCGGGCAGCAGCUCCUCCGGGUCCAGGCCAGCCCCGCAGCCUAGGUACCAGGCUCCAUCUAGUGACACAGCCGGGGAUGACCGGUCGUCGAUAAAGCCCGGGAAGCAGUGCCUGCCCUCCCAGAGGAGCCGUGCAAGGGCCGUACCAUACCAGGCCUUGCCGAGUGCCCCACCGGCUGCCGGUAACGAGGACCGGUGGUGCCGCGCAUUCACAGCCCCUGCCCUGGGAGGUGACCCGAGGUUUAAAACUCAUUUCCUGAAGGCGAAUUUCUAAAAAGGGAAACAAAGGAGGGCAAGGAGCUAAGGCAAGAGAAGGGCGAGAACAGACUCCCCCCUCCCAGCGUCGGAUUUACACAUGGGUCUGGAUUUACACACGGGUUUCGAUUUACACACGCACAUCCCCGUUCCGCUUCCCUGGGGCUGCGGGACCGACAGUGUCCCUGGUCCCAUUCCAUCCCGUCCCGUCCUAUCCCACCCCGUCCCCUCGUGGCAGCCGGGACAGCACAGAGAGGCGCUGCCGGGGGCUCGAAGUGGGUGGAAAUCUUGAAGGUGCGAAUGAGGAAGGAGCGACUUCAGGGUGUCCCCUGCGAAAUGAUGUCAUCCGAUCAAUGUUUUCGGGGGGAGUGACCUAUCCGACCAAUUCCCUCUGUGAAAUGGGUUCUGUAUCGGAGCUGGAUGCAGCCGAAUCGAUCGGGCUGAUAACGGAGAGCUAUAAAAGGCCGGGGGGCUGGCUUCACCUACGCUUCAUCCCCGAGUCGCAGGCACGGCAAGGUAGCGACGCUUCCUGCCGCUCCGCUCCCUGCCGCUUCGCGCUUCUUCGCACUCCCCAGCCGCGACAUGGGGCCGCGCACCGCCGCCCUGGCGCUGCUGGGUCUAGCCGCCGCCGCCGCCACCGCGGUGCCGCUACCGCUGCCCGACGCCGGCCCGCACGUUAACUACGGUUGGGGGGAGCCGAUCCGGCUGCGGCACCUCUACACCGCCAGCAAGCACGGGCUCUUCAGCUGCUUCCUGCGGAUCGGAGGCGACGGCCGGGUAGAUGCCGCCGGUAGCCAGAGCCCUCAGAGUCUGCUGGAGAUCCGCGCAGUGGCCGUGCGUACCGUGGCCAUCAAAGGAGUGCGAAGCUCCCGUUACCUCUGCAUGGACGAGGCGGGGCGGCUGCACGGGCAGCUCAGGUAUUCCACAGAGGACUGUUCCUUUGAAGAGGAGAUUCGUCCAGACGGCUACAAUGUAUAUAGAUCAAAAAAAUAUGGAAUAUCAGUGUCUUUGAGUAGUGCUAAGCAAAGACAGCAGUUCAAAGGGAAAGAUUUCCUUCCACUGUCUCACUUUUUACCUAUGAUCAACACUGUGCCUGUGGAAUCAACAGACUUUGGUGAAUAUGGUGACUACCGUCAGGCCUUUGAACCAGAAGUGUAUUCUUCACCUCUGGAAACAGACAGCAUGGACCCCUUUGGUAUCACCUCCAAACUGUUACCAGUGAAGAGCCCCAGCUUUCAGAAAUGA